GCUCACGAGUCAGGCGAUUGUAUUGUGGACUGUAUCUCCUUUACCUAAUGUAAACACGUUUCCUCUUUGUAAUCUCGUGUAGGUUGCACAGCACAGACUAGUGAAUUGCAAUGUCAUGAUCACAACAAAACAGCGUGAUGAGCUCCAUGCCAGCAGUUAUGACAGUGUUAGCAGAUCAUGCAGCGCAGCAGCUGCUAGACUUCAGCCAGAAACUAGACAUCAACCUGUUGGACAACGUGGUCAACUGUCUGUACCACGGGAUCGGAACACAGCAAAGGCUGGCUCAGGAGGUUCUGACCCAGCUGAAAGAGCACCCGGAUGCUUGGACCAGAGUGGACACCAUACUGGAGUUCUCCCAGAGCAUGAACACCAAAUACUAUGCUCUGCAGAUUCUGGAAACAGUUAUCAAAACAAGAUGGAAGAUUCUACCCAGAAACCAGUGUGAAGGUAUUAAAAAGAUCCUGUUGUUUCUGCGGGUCAAUGGAGAGAAAGAGAAAGGUACUGGAAAGCUGAACAUGAUCCUUGUUCAGAUCCUGAAGCAGGAGUGGCCCAAGCACUGGCCCACGUUCAUCAGUGACAUCGUGGGAGCCAGCCGCACCAGCGAGAGCCUCUGUCAGAACAACAUGAUCAUCCUCAAGCUGCUCAGUGAGGAGGUGUUUGACUUCUCUAGUGGACAGAUGACCCAGGUCAAGGCCAAGCACCUCAAAGACAGCAUGUGCAACGAAUUCUCCCAGAUAUUCCAGCUCUGCCAGUUUGUCAUGGAGAAUUCCCAGAAUGCACCACUGGUCCACGCCACUCUAGAAACGCUGCUGAGGUUUCUCAACUGGAUUCCUCUGGGGUACAUUUUCGAGACCAAACUCAUCAGCACACUCGUCUACAAGUUCCUGAACGUGCCGAUGUUCCGCAACGUGACGUUGAAGUGUCUGACGGAGAUCGCCGGCGUCAGUGUCAGCCAAUACGAGGAGCAGUUUGUCAACCUCUUCACGCUCACCAUGUGUCAACUCAAACAGAUGCUUCCCCUGAACACCAACAUUCGUCUGGCGUACUCCAACGGUAAGGAUGACGAGCAGAACUUCAUCCAGAACCUCAGCCUGUUUCUCUGCACCUUCCUGAAGGAGCACGGUCAGCUCAUCGAGAAGAGGCCCAACCUCCGAGAGACAAUGAUGGAGGCUCUCCACUACAUGCUGCUGGUGUCUGAGGUGGAGGAGACAGAGAUCUUUAAGAUCUGUCUGGAGUACUGGAACCAUCUGGCUGCAGAGCUUUACAGGGAGAGUCCCUUCUCCACCUCCACCUCCCCCCUGCUGUCUGGAUCACAACACUUUGAUGUCCCUCCUCGCAGACAGCUCUACCUGCCUGUACUCUCCAAGGUGCGUCUGCUGAUGGUGAGCCGCAUGGCCAAGCCGGAGGAGGUGCUGGUGGUGGAGAACGACCAGGGAGAGGUGGUACGAGAGUUCAUGAAGGACACAGACUCCAUCAACCUCUACAAGAACAUGAGAGAGACACUGGUGUACCUGACCCAUCUGGACUAUGCAGACACGGAGCGUAUAAUGACAGAGAAGCUUCAUAACCAGGUGAACGGUACAGAGUGGUCCUGGAAGAACCUCAACACACUGUGCUGGGCUAUAGGGUCCAUCAGUGGAGCCAUGCACGAAGAGGACGAGAAGAGGUUCCUGGUCACUGUCAUCAAGGAUCUGCUGGGUCUAUGUGAACAGAAGAGGGGAAAGGACAAUAAGGCCAUCAUUGCCUCCAAUAUCAUGUACAUCGUGGGCCAGUACCCUCGCUUCCUCAGAGCCCACUGGAAGUUCCUCAAGACCGUCGUCAAUAAACUCUUUGAGUUCAUGCACGGUGAGAGAACUAACUGUCUGUCUGUGUGCCUGGUGUACAGAGGUGAGAGAACUAACUGUCUGUCUGUGUGCCUGGUGUACAGAGGUGAGAGAACUAACUGUCUGUCUGUGUGCCUGGUGUACAGAGGUGAGAGAACUAACUGUCUGUCUGUGUGCCUGGUGUACAGAGGUGAGAGAACUAACUGUCUGUCUGUGUGCCUGGUGUACAGAGGUGAGAGAACUAACUGUCUGUCUGUGUGCCUGGUGUACAGAGGUGAGAGAACUAACUGUCUGUCUGUGUGCCUGGUGUACAGAGGUGAGAGAACUAACUGUCUGUCUGUGUGCCUGGUGUACAGAGGUGAGAGAACUAACUGUCUGUCUGUGUGCCUGGUGUCCAGAGGUGAGAGAACUAACUGUCUGUCUGUGUGCCUGGUGUACAGAGGUGAGAGAACUAACUGUCUGUCUGUGUGCCUGGUGUACAGAGGUGAGAGAACUAACUGUCUGUCUGUGUGCCUGGUGUCCAGAGGUGAGAGAACUAACUGUCUGUCUGUGUGCCUGGUGUCCAGAGGUGAGAGAACUAACUGUCUGUCUGUGUGCCUGGUGUACAGAGGUGAGAGAACUAACUGUCUGUCUGUGUGCCUGGUGUACAGAGGUGAGAGAACUAACUGUCUGUCUGUGUGCCUGGUGUCCAGAGGUGAGAGAACUAACUGUCUGUCUGUGUGCCUGGUGUACAGAGGUGAGAGAACUAACUGUCUGUCUGUGUGCCUGGUGUACAGAGGUGAGAGAACUAACUGUCUGUCUGUGUGCCUGGUGUACAGAGGUGAGAUAACUAACUGUCUGUCUGUGUGCCACCAGACACAACUGUCUGUCCUGCAGGUCACAGAGCCACAACAGGUACACACACACACACACACACACACACACACACACACACACACACACACACACACACACAUCUGUGACCUGCAGCCACAACAAGUACACACACACACACACACACCUGUGACCUGCAGCCACAGCAGGUACACACACACACACAUCUGUGACCUGCAGCCACAACAGGUCCAUACGUUCUACGAGGCCGUGGGGUACAUGAUCGGAGCCCAGACAGACCAGGCAGUACAAGAGCAUAUCAUAGAGAAAUACAUGUUACUACCUAACCAGGUGUGGGACAGCAUCAUUCAACAGGCCACCAAGAACGUGGACAUUCUGAAGGACCCAGAGACGGUGAAGCAGCUCGGCAGCAUCCUGAAGACCAACGUCCGGGCCUGUAAGGCCGUGGGACACCCCUUCGUUAUCCAGUUAGGACGCAUUUAUCUGGACAUGCUCAACGUCUACAAGUGCCUCAGCGAAAACAUCUCCGCAGCCAUCCAGACCAACGGAGAGAUGGUGACGAAACAGCCCCUGAUCAGAAGUAUGAGGACGGUGAAAAGAGAGACGCUCAAACUCAUCUCCGGCUGGGUUAGCAGAUCCAGCGACCCACAGAUGGUGGGGGAGAACUUUGUUCCGCCGCUGCUCGACGCCGUUCUCAUCGACUACCAGCGCAACGUCCCCGCCGCCCGGGAGCCCGAGGUCCUCAGCACCAUGGCAACCAUCGUCAACAAGCUGGGCGGACACAUCACCGGGGAGAUCCCGCAGAUCUUCGAUGCCGUGUUCGAAUGCACGCUCAACAUGAUCAAUAAAGACUUUGAGGAGUACCCGGAACACAGGACUCAUUUCUUCUACCUGCUGCAGGCGGUCAACUCCCAUUGUUUCCCAGCAUUCCUGGCUAUCCCUCCGGCCCAGUUCAAACUGGUGCUGGACUCCAUCAUCUGGGCCUUCAAACACACCAUGAGGAACGUGGCCGACACAGGCCUUCAGAUCCUCUACACUCUACUGCAGAACGUGACUCAGGAAGAGGCUGCAGCACAGAGCUUCUACCAGACAUACUUCUGUGACAUCCUCCAACACAUCUUCUCUGUGGUCACUGACACAUCACACACUGCUGGCCUGACGAUGCAUGCCUCCAUCCUGACCUACAUGUUUAACCUGGUGGAGGAAGGGAAUAUCAACACCCAGCUCAACCCCUCCAACCCCGGCAACAACCAGGUCUUCAUACAGGAGGACGUGGCCAACCUGCUCAAAACUGCUUUCCCACAUCUACAGGAUGCCCAGGUCAAGGUGUUCGUAACAGGACUGUUCAGUCUUAACCAGGACAUUGCAGCCUUCAAGGAACACCUGAGGGACUUCCUGGUACAGAUUAAGGAGUUUGCAGGGGAGGACACCACAGACCUGUUCCUAGAGGAGCGGGAGGCGUCGCUGCGUCAGGCGCAGGAGGAGAAACACAAGCUGCAGAUGUCAGUUCCCGGUAUCCUCAACCCACACGAAAUACCCGAGGAGAUGUGUGAUUGAGACGUCCAGCCACUGCGCCACAUGAACCAAACUGCUGUUACUGUACAUACAGGCAUACCGACAAACACACAAAACUAAAACUAACCCGAACGAAGAUCGGUGGGAGGCCCCGGUCACUUUGCUGAGGUACGGAGAGAGCAGACACGCCCGUCCUCAUCCAUCAGGUGUUCUGUCCACCAAAAACCAUGUCAAUAUGUAAAUGACGACGUACUGCGUCACCCCGUGGCCCGUUACACCUGUUUUAUAUGGAGACUUCUGUUUCCACUGUUUAUUUGGUCAGGGGUCAUCACCACCCCCCCCAGCUGCAUGACAUGAAGCAGACGUAUGGUAAGAUUUGUGUCAUAGGUUUCCACUGUUUAUUUGGUCAGGGGUCAGGGGUCAUCACCCCCCUAGCUGCAUGACAUGAAGCAGACGUAUGGUAAGAUUUCUGAACUUCACUUGUUUCCUCCCCUCCACAUGUUAUCUCUCUCUCUCACACACACACACACACACACACACACACACACAUAUAUAGUGAGACAGGAGAGUGUUUGUGCAACAAGGCAUAUGUGUCAAAGUUCUCAGCAAAGAGGCUUCUAGAACUAUGAUGUGACACUGGAAGGAAUGAAGUGGUGUUCUAGAAGUGUGUGUGUGUGUGUGUGUGUGUGUGUGUGUGUGUGUGUGUGUGUGUGUGUGUGUGUGUGUGUGUGUGUGUACCCUGCGUCUGAUUCCCAACCCAAUGCAUUGUGGUUAGAAUGUGAAGCUAGCGGACUAUGAAGGAAGGAAGUCAGAGAUGCUGCUGCUUUGUGUGUCAGGUGGUCAGGCUAGCGGCCGUGCUCAUUGGUUAAACCUCCGCCCAACUGAAAGAAACCUACUGCGUUUGGUCACCUGGCUGUGACUGGAGGCGGGAACUAGGAAGACCGGAAGGAGCAUCAUCGGCGCAAGACAGUCAGAUUAUGUGCAUAUCAUCCCAAUUCUAUAGCACAUGAAUUACCAUGGGAACAUCAUUAUUAUUUAGUGUAUUUUUUGUGGGUGUGAUGAGUGCGUGUGCUGUCGCCUAGACGACAUGGGCGUUUAGUUUUCCUCUGUGAGGAUCGUUGCUCUUCGUUCAAAUGGACCUUUAACAGAAAGAAGAAGCGGUUAUUGACAUUUUAUUUAUGGGUUCAAAAUAACUGCAUCUUUAUAUAACAAACUCCUGUUUAGCUUCUGUCAGUCGGCUUUUGAGAUUCUGAAUUGGAACUAAUUGAUAUGUUUACCGUGCUGGUAGUGCUUCAACAACACUACCUAGAAGACGAGCUCAAAUAAACACAACUCGGUUUACAUUUCAUUUUGUAUUUUUGCAUUUGUUUAUUUGGAUCUUUAUAAACAUGUCUUCUAUCCAAAAUAAAACAAAAGGCUUUUUAUUCCAGAGUGAAAUAAUUAGUUGCCAAUAGUUUGAUUAAGCAACAAAUGUAUAAUUCCUAAUCCAAACUAAAUCUGUAAAUGGCAAAUAGUUCCCCUUCUCUACUCGUUACAGUUGUUGUGAAACUCUUUGAACUGAUUAAAGUUGAGGAUUUUAUAACCAAUGA